AUAAAGGCAGCAGUCAGAGCGGCGGCGAGUAGCUACUGUCAUGCUCGGUCUACAGGACUCUCGUUAGACUCACUGUAAUGGCCUGAUGUUUCUCGCGGCCGCGGCGUUCCUCUUGUCCGCUCUGGCCAGCGCCUCUCAGGGGGACAAAGAGCCGGUCUACCGGGACUGCGUCAAACACUGCGUCCGGACAAACUGCACAGGGGCCCGGCUGCGCGGUUUCCAGUCCACUCAGCCUCCAUACAUGGCACUCACAGGCUGGACGUGUCGUGAUGACUGCAGAUAUCAGUGCAUGUGGACCACUGUGGGUCUUUACCAGGCUGAAGGCUACAGCAUACCACAGUUUCACGGGAAGUGGCCGUUUGCCCGUUUCCUAUGUUUUGAAGAACCUGCAUCGGCACUGGCAUCUCUGCUAAAUGGUUUAGCAUGUCUGCUAAUGCUGCUGAGGUACCGCAGCGCAGUCCCUCGCCAGAGCCCCAUGUACCACACCAUCACCGCCUUCUCACUGGUUUCCCUGAAUGCAUGGUUCUGGUCUACUGUAUUCCACACAAGAGACACCUAUCUAACAGAGAAGAUGGACUACUUCUGUGCGUCAGCUGUCAUUCUCUACUCCAUCUACUUGUGCUGUGUCAGGACGUUGGGCUUGCGCAGACCGGCAAUUUCCAGCAUGGUGGGAGUUCUGCUCAUUCUGGCCUUCACAUCUCAUGUGUCUUAUCUGACCUUUGUCAGUUUUGACUAUGGGUACAACAUGGCUGCCAACGCCUCUAUAGGCAUAAUAAACCUGCUGUGGUGGCUGUGCUGGUGUUGGCUGAACCGGAGGAUCUUGCCGUACUGGUGGAAGUGUGGGAUGGUGGUGCUCUUACUGCAUGGUCUUGCUCUGCUGGAGCUGCUGGAUUUCCCUCCACUCUUCUGGGUUCUAGAUGCUCAUGCUGUCUGGCAUCUCAGCACUGUGCCCGUCCACUUCCUCUUCUACAGUUUUCUGAUAGACGACAGCCUUCACCUCCUGAACACAGAGAAGCCUGGAGUGAAACUGGACUAGGAGGAAUCAGUCUCAGAACCACAACCCCUCCUAUGAAAUCCUUCCCAUCAGGGCAAGUGCAAGCCGGACUGAGCCAGGCCUCAUGGCAGUGGUUUUUCCGGCACAUGUCCUGGGGUUCCAAUUUCACCAUUUUCUUGUGUUUACAUUUAGUUUUUACCAUAUUUUAAAACCAUAUUUUAUCAUUUUAUUUUAUUUUUGCUUUGUACUGGUCGUCGUUUGGUCCGGUUUUAAAGAUGUGCCACUUUACAAUAGUCGAAACCUGAUUGAUAUUUGCAUUCACUGAGCUUUGCCUUCGAUUGAGAAGAAAAUUAGCCUUUCUUAACCACUUUAUCAACAUGGCACACUUUUAAAGAGGUGCACCGUCAUUGCUAACAAUUACCUUUGCAUAUCUCCAAUUCAUAUCCGUCUACAUUUGUGCUGUGUGACUUAA